CGAACCGCCCUUUUUAGAAAUCCGUGUCAUACAUUUACAUUACUCCAUUCGUCAAAGAAGGAACCUCUCUCUCGCUCUUCCAUUCGCUCCAAACAUGGGGAAGCACGGAAGCAGCAAGAGCAAGCCAGAAACCUCAUCCUCACGCAAACGCAGAAGAAGUCGACCAGACUCCGACUUGGACUCCGCAUCUGAGUCCGACGCGGACAGCCAGGACUCCCCGCCGCAGCGGAGUCGCAGCCGCGGCAGCCGACGGCGCCGCGAUUCCGACGAUUCCGAGGACAGCGACGAUGGCAGGACGAGGAAGAGAUCGUCUUCCAAGAAGAUUACGGAUGGUGACGUUGCCGAGUACCUUGCCAAGAAAGCUCAGAAGAAGGCACUUAAAGUCGCAAAGAAAUUGAAGCCGGUGUCUGGUUAUUUAAACGAUUCCAACCCCUUUGGUGAUUCAAAUCUCAACGAAAAAUUUGUAUGGCGAAAGAAGAUUGAGCGGGAUAUUUCUCAAGGUGUGCCACUUGACAUGUAUUCAAUGAAAGCUGAGAAAAUGAAGCAAAGAGAAAGGAUGGCAGAGAUUGAGAAAGUGAAAAAGAGAAGGGAGGAGAGGGCUAUUGAAAAAGCACAGCAUGAGGAGGAAAUGGCAUUAUUGGCAAGGGAACGUGCUCGUGCAGAGUUCCAAGAUUGGGAAAAAAAAGAAGAAGAGUUUCAUUUUGAUCAAAGCAAAUUUAGGUCAGAGAUUCGUUUGAGAGAAGGGCGUACAAAGCCCAUCGAUGUUCUUUCCAAGCAGCUGAAUCCUUCAGAUGAUUUUGAUAUAGAAAUUAACGAACCUUACAUGGUUUUCAAGGGUUUGACAGUAAGAGAAAUGGAAGAACUUCGGGAGGACAUAAAAAUGCAUCUUGAUUUAGAUAGGGCUACUCCUACGCAUAUAGAGUAUUGGGAGGCACUGUUGAUGGUUUGUGAUUGGGAACUAGCUGAAGCUCGAAAAAAAGAUGCACUAGAUCGAGCUAGAGUGCGUGGAGAACAACCUCCUCCUGAGUUGCUUGCUGAAGAAAGGGGGUUGCAUUCAAAUAUUGAGGCUGAUGUUAAGACUAUUUUGCAAGGAAAAUCUUAUGCUGAGUUAGAAGUGCUACAGUCGGAGAUUGAGUCAAGGAUGCGUUCCGGCACAGCCAAAGUAGUUGAGUAUUGGGAAGCUCUUCUUAAACGGCUUCACAUCUACAAGGCAAAGGCUUGUUUGAGGGAGAUUCAUACUAAAAUGUUGCGGAAGCAUUUAGAACGUCUUGAGCACCCAUUGGUCGGUGAAGAUUACUUGGAACCAGAGCAGGCUUUGAGUCCUGAAGAAGAAGAUAUUAACCCCGAAGAGAAGGAUGCUCAAGCUUUCUCUCCUGAACCCAUGCUGGAGGAAGAGACAUCUGAGGCUGCAGAAGAGGCUGGAUCCUACUCACCGCAGAUGUUGCAUGGUGAUGAAAAUGAAGAAGCGAUUGACCCCGAAGAGGACAAGGCUAUAUUGGAACUGAAACGCAAAGCUGUCUUGGAAGAACAACAGAGACGGAUCCAAGAAGCAAUGGCUUCAAGGCCAACUCCACAAGAUAACUUGGAGAUGAAGGCCAUAAAAGCAAUGGGAGCCAUGGAGGAAGGUGAUGCUGUUUUUGGCUCGAGUGAUGAAGUGAACCUCGAUUCACAGGUGUACUGGUGGCAUGACAAGUACCGCCCAAGGAAGCCAAAGUACUUCAACCGUGUUCACACUGGAUACGAGUGGAACAAAUACAACCAAACUCACUAUGAUCACGACAACCCACCGCCAAAGAUUGUUCAAGGGUACAAGUUCAACAUAUUCUACCCUGAUCUCGUUGACAAAAUAAAAGCUCCUACUUAUACCAUAGAUAAGGAUGGAGAUAGUGCUGAGACUUGCAUCAUAAGGUUUCAUGCUGGGCCACCGUAUGAGGAUAUAGCAUUCAGGAUUGUCAAUAAAGAAUGGGAAUAUUCGCACAAGAAGGGGUUCAAGUGCACUUUUGAACGAGGAAUUUUGCACGUGUAUUUCAACUUCAAAAGAUACCGGUAUCGCCGCUGAAAUGCCGUGGGGGGUGCAAAAGAUGUGGUGCCUUGGCUUCUAUUCUUUGUCAAAUAUCAAUACGUCUGUUGGUGGCUCUGAAAGCCUGGUCAAAUUGGGUUCUGACAAGGCUAUUGUCUGUACACUUGAUAUGGAGUAAUUCACUAUGGGCAGAAGUUGUUCAUGGUUUUCUUUAGAGGACAGCUUGCUGGUUUCACAGGAAUCCUGUCAUUCCAAGUCAUUCGGCAUUGGCGGCAAACAGUAGCCAACUUUUAAAGUUGCAACCAACCACGAAGUAGAGUGUAUAACGGACCCCUCUGUAUUCUAGUUCUCUCUUUUAGUAGUUGGUUGUACUAUUUUCCUCUUGAGUGUAAGAAGCUGGUGUAGAAAUAUCUAACAGCAAUGGCGACUUUUUCAGAAAAAAAAAAAACAGCAAUGGCGGCUCACUUGUGAUACGGAUUUUCAUUUAUUUGUCAAUAUUGGUACUCAUUCCUAGUCA